CUUCAAUUAGUUUUUGGUUCUAAGAUACCAUAAAGAUGAUUUCUUUUUUCCUUCCUAGGUUAGAUCAAUUAAUGGAUUUCGAGAUAUGAUUUUAGUGAUUGUUGGAGCAACUGCGGUUGAUCGAUGACGUAGAGAACUAGGUGGAGAGAUUUCCUUGCUUCUCAUCUUCAUGACCUCAUCGAUCUUAGAUCUAAAUUUAUAGUUGCAAAAUUAUCGAUUAGAUUUUGGACAUCUAAGUUUCGUGUCGUUGUGUUGUGCGUGGGUGCGUGUGUAUAUUUAUUUUCUAUUUUAUGACUUCAUGGAUGUACCUGUUGAUCGAUGGGUAUUCUUACCGAUGAAUCUUAUGAUUUUUGUUUUCAACCUGGCUCAUGUCUUUAAUUGAGGAAACAGCAUGUUCUAAAAAGAUAGAUCCUUUUAAUGUACUCUGAUACGAGUUGUAUUUUUGGAUCUGCUAGUCUCCUUUUAUUCUCUCCCUCGCCCAACUUGUAGGUAUUUGUGCGUAUCUCUUACGAGAGCCUCCUUGAUCACGUUCUCAUGAUAUUUUCCCUUAGUAUUCAGUUCUUUUAUUAUUAUUAUUAUGAUUAUUUUUUGCCUGAUUUCUCAAUGUAGUAUAUAAGGUUGGUCUAACAUGGAGUUGAUCGAAAUUGUAGUGAGCCUUCAUUAGAUGACCUUGUCAUAUAGUUGCGAAAUGAACAUGAAAAAAAGUAUGGUGUUUAAAGUUGGUGAGAUGAAUGGGAUGGUUGUGGUCCCAAGUUGCAAUGGAGAAUGUGCUAUGCAUGCUUGGGGAGACUUCUCCAAAUUUGGUUUGUUUUAUCUUUUAUGAAGGAAAGUUUGGUGGUUCUUUUUGGACUUAUGGAGGUGGCUUGGAUGCAUGGUUUUAUUGUGAACAGGGAGGAAUUGUUUUGGUGGUGGUGGUGGUGGUUGUGGUGGUAAUUGGUGUUGGUUAUUCUGCAAACUGCAAUAGAAUUGAAUUUGAAGAAAUUCUGAAGAUGAGCGAAAACAGUCGUAGCCCGCCUCCAGAUCGCAGAAUUCGCAGAGAACGUACCUCGUAUCGUGAUGCACCAUAUCGCAGGGAUUUCCGUCGUAGUGCAAGAAAUGAUUUGUGCAACAACUGCAAGCGGCCUGGACACUUUGCAAGAGAAUGUCAAAAUGCAGCUGUCUGUAAUAAUUGUGGCCUUCCCGGACAUAUUGCAUCAGAAUGCACUGUGGAGGCAAUAUGCUGGAAUUGCAAAGAACCUGGACACAUGGCAAGCAAUUGUCCUAAUGAGGGCAUCUGCCACACCUGUGGCAAGGCUGGCCAUCUUGCAAGAGAAUGCUCAUCUCCUCAACUCCUUCCUGGUGACAUGAGGCUCUGUAACAACUGUUACAAACCAGGACAUAUUGCUAUAGACUGCACAAAUGAGAAAGCAUGCAACAAUUGUAGGAAGACUGGGCACUUUGCUCGUGACUGUCAAAAUGAACCAGUCUGCAACCUUUGCAAUGUUGCUGGGCAUGUGGCCAGACAGUGUCCAAAGUCGGAAAUAUUCAGUGAAAGGAGUGAAAGGGGUGGCGGCGACUAUCAUGGUGGAUUCCGAGAUGUCAUCUGCCGGAACUGCAACCAGGUUGGCCAUAAGAGUUGGGAUUGCAUGGGCCCUCUGAUGAUCUGCCACAACUGUGGUGGGAGGGGACACAUGGCUUACGAGUGCCCAUCAGGAAGGUUCAUGGACUAUGGAUUUCGGAGGUACUAAUUGAUAGAUCCUACAACCAAUAAGGCACUUAGAUGAGCUUUGGUACUGUAUUAUCAGUCGCUUGUUUUGCUCGACCAAGAUUAGUCGAUUGCAGAAUGUUUAUUUUAUAGACGGCUGAGUUUGGAAGACUAUGCAUUGUAGACUUUAUUUGUGACUGUACUUGACAGUUGUUUGUGGCUGGUGGAAACCAUUUUUUCAUGGUAGGAUUUGUCGCCUAAUAAAAAAACAGCGUUGUUUUGGGUCCAAA